AUGCCCGACUUUUUGAGGCCGAUUCGAAGAAAGGCGUGCUGGUCAGAAUUACUUCCACAUUCCGAGGACCCCCCGUCGGCGCACAGCUGCGCGCCAGAGUGCAGCGCGAUGCCCAAAGCGGCAUACGAGGACUGGGGCCCUGGCUGCAGCGAGCUCUCGUCGCUAAAGAGCGCCACAGACAAGGCGCUCCUGGACAACACCGAGGAGCGCUACAAGGCCGGCAACAUCUACACGCGCAGCGGCCGCCUCCUGCUGGCCGUGAAUCCGUACAAGAAGCUGCCGCUGUACACGGACGAGACGCUGCAGGCGUACAAGUCGUCGCUGGCGCCGCAGGCACGCGGCGCGCCCCACCGUCAGUCGCUGUGGGCGCGAGGCUCUGACUCUCUGCGCGGGCGUAGUUUCUCCGCGCCACCGCGGCACGCCUACAUGCCGUCCGUCAUCAUUUCCGGCGAGUCGGGCGCGGGCAAGACGGAGACCGCAAAGAUCCUCCUCGAGUACCUCGCCGAGGUGAGCUGCUCGGGCUCGGACCUGCAUAAGCGCGUCUUGAAGACCAACCCCAUCAUGGAGAGCUUUGGCUGCGCCAAGACGGUCUGGAACAACAACUCGUCGCGCUUCGGCAAGUUCCUGACGCUGCAGUUCUCCGCGUCGGGGCGCAUGCAGGGCGCCUUCAUGAAGACGUACCUCCUCGAAAAGUCGCGCAUCACGUCGCAGCUGCCCGGCGAGCAAAACUACCACGUGCUCUACACCGUUGCCAAGGGGCUCUCGUCGGCGCAGCGGACCGAGUUCGGGCUCCCGAAGGGCUCGGACGCGGUCGAGAGCUUCAAGCUGCUCAACCUCAAAAAGGCCGGCGAUGUCAAGUGGGCCGACUUCCCUUGCGACUUCAAGGAGCUGACCGAGGCGUUCGCCGUGAUCCCGAGCCUGAACGACAAGCAGGCCUCGUGCUGGAGGGUCAUCAUGGCGGUGCUCUACCUCGGCAACCUCAGCUUCACCGGCCAGGGCGAGGACGACGCCAAGGUGAAGGACCCGGCCGUCGUCGCCGCCGUCGCCCGCCUCCUCUCGUGCGAGACGGCGCAGCUCGAGAAGGCCAUCUGCACGCAGAACAUGAAGGCGGGCCUGGACUGGAUCUCGAAGCCAAACACGGUGGCCUACGCCAGCGACGUCAAGAACGCCCUGACCAAGGCGCUCUACUCGAGGCUCUUCGACUACAUCGUCGAGAUGGUCAACGUGUCCCUCGAAAAAAGCGGCGACGAGAUGCGCUACUUCAUCGGCGCCGUCGACAUUUUCGGCUUCGAGUGCUUCCCGACCAACUCGCUCGAGCAACUGUGCAUCAACUUCGCAAACGAGAAGCUGCAGAAGAUGUUUACGCAGGCCGUCUUCGAGUCGGUUCUGUCCGAGUACCAGAAGGAGGGCAUCGACGUGGGCGACAUCACGUAUGAGGACAACAAGCUGCUCGUCGAGCUCAUCGACAAGCCAGCCACCGGCAUCCUCUCGCUGCUCGCCGAGGAGUGCUUCUUCCCGUCCGGCUCGGACGCCUCGUGGCUGCAAAAGAUCAAGAGCCAGCACGCGAGGCACGCCAACUUCUCGGAGGAGCGGCUCGACCGCACCGCCUUCACCAUCUCGCACUACCCGGGCAAGGUGACCUACCAGUCGACCGGCUUCCUCGAGAAGAACAAGGACCCGCUCUCGCAGGACCUGGUCGUGCUGAUGCAGUUCUCCGACGACGACUUCGUCAAGACGCUCUUCGAGGAGAAGCAGUCGACUGCGAUGGCCGGCAGCGUGCGCCGCUUCAAGUCGGCGAAGUUUGUCGGCCUGAUCGACGGGUUCCGCACGUCGCUCAACCAGCUCGUCAAGACGCUGGAGGGCACCAAGACGCACUUCAUCCGCUGCGUCAAGCCAAACAUGGACAAGAAGCCCGACAACUUUGUCUUCGACGUGAUGCAGCGGCAGCUCUACACCUCGGGCGUGGUGCAGGCGGUGCAGGCGACGCGCAAGGGCUUCCCCGACCACCUUCCCUUCGCCGAGCUCCUCUCGCGCUUCGAGCUCGUCGUGCCGAAAUCGGCGACGAACAAGAAGGGCGCCGACGGCGUGCGCGCGCUGCUCUCGAGCGCGGGCGUCUCGGACAAGGAGUUUCGGAUCGGGAAGACGAAGGUCUUCCUGGGCGUCGGCGUGCUCGACCAGCUCGAGCAGCGGCGGAUGGAGUACAUCGCGUCCAAGGUGCUCUCGAUGCAGAUGCUGAUGUCGUUCGAGCGCAACACCGCCAAGAAGCGGCGAGAGCAGGCCGAGAAGGCGAAGGCGGCCGAGGCGGCGGCCAAGGCGACGGCCGACGCGACCAAGGACCUCGACGCCGAGAAGCUCGCCAAGUUCCAGCAGGAGGUGGCCGACGGCGGCGGCGUCGACAACAAGGAGAUGAUGAACGUCGCCGUCGUCUCCGACAUUGGCUGGAAGGGCGGCGCCGAGCCGGCGCAGGGCGACGACGUGUGGGCGCAGUACGACUUCAAGUGCGCGGUGAGCGAUGUUCUCGAGUACGCGGAGUACCUGGGCAUGGACAUCAAGCAGGACGCGCACCUGCUGUGGAUCGCCGACGAGGCGCUGCAGGCGCCCGAGCCGCAGGGCUGGGAGCAGCGGCUCGACCCCAAGGGCGGCGUCUACUACUACCACCCGACGACCGGCAUGUCGCUCAACCAGCACCCGCUCGACCACCACUACCAGCAGUUCUACCUGCAGAUGAAGGCGCAGUACGACGCCAUGUACACCUCCAAGGGCGACGCGGGCGGCGAGGGGGGCGCGAAGCCCGGCACGGCCGCGCAGGCGCCCAUCGAGUUCCUUCCGUACAAGGGCGGGCCAUACGAGGAGGGCUCCGGCGGCGCGGCGCAGAAGAAGGGACUGUUCGGCAUGGGCAAGAAGAAGGAGGUGAAGGGGCCGGUGGAGGAGAUGUGGGAGCUCUCGUGCCAGCUCGACCGGCAGCAGGACGGGCUGGGCAUCGGGCUCACCCUCGACAACAUCAUCGUCGAGGUGGAGCCCGGCGGCUCGGUGGCGACGCAGGGCGAGCUGCAGUACGGCGAUAAGAUCGUGGCGGUCGACAACAACACGUUGGGCCACCGGAUGCUCAAGGACGUGAUCGUGCCGCAGCGGACGCACCAGCUCAUCGUCAAGUACGCGCGCAUGUCCACGCAGCCGCCCUCGCCGCGGCGCGAGAGAGCGAAGAAGCUUGUGCCCGACAAGGGCGCCGCCCCGCGCCGCAUCGAGGAGAUCGAGGUCAAGAUCCGGCGCGAGAAGGGCACUGGCCGGCUUGGCUUUGGGAUCGACGCGAUGAACACCAUCGUCGAGGUCGAUCCCAACGGCCCGGUGGCGGGCCAGCUGCAGGUGGGGGACAAGAUUAUCUCUGUGGACGGCAGCAAGCUUAAUUUUAAGCGCUUCGUCGACACGGUCGGCCGGACCGAGGAGCACAUCUUGUGCAUCGCGCGGCUCCACGCCGCCGAUCCCUCCAUCGCCGCUGGCAGGGGGCUCAAAAAGUCGAAGUCGCGCAAGUCAGCGACUUCGCUGCAGGGCUCGGGCUCGCAGCUGCUGCGCAGUCAGUCGAGAUACUCCGAGAAGAUGCCGGCGCUGCGCGAGGUGCGGCUGAUAAAGGAGACGGACGAGACCAAGAUUGGUGCCGUCUUUCACCGCUCCGACGACGCGUUCGACAAGUCCUUCUUCAACGUCGAAGGCUCGUCCGUGCAGGUGGACCCCGGGUCAAUGGCCGAGUGCUCGGGCCUCGUGCCCGGGGAGGGGGGGCUUUGGGUCAAGGGGAUUUGGGGUUUAUCCAAUUUCCAGGUGGUGGAGAUGCUCCGCAAGGGGCAGGGCGUCUUCAACCUCGUCGUCAUUUCCGGGCGGCAGGUGCAGCAGACCUUCACCGGGGCCGCGCCAUCCCCGCGCCGCUAGUGAUAUUGGCGCGGCCGGGCGGCGGCGAGUGCCGGCGCCUACCCUUGUGCCCUUCCAUCUCUCCUCUGUCGGGACGACCACUCUCCUCUGUCGGGACGACCAGCACCGCCGCUGAGCAUCUGCGUUGCCCUGUGCCCACCCCCACCCCACCCCCGCCAUCGCCACCACGCGCGCCGUGUGCGGGUGCCGUAGAGGGUGCCCGCAGCCCCCCGCGGUGUGUAUGUGCACAGGACCACGUUCGCUCGCGGCGCGCGUCGCCAUUGUGCUGCGCUGUCCAUUAUACGUGUGUGUGUGGCGAGACAGCACACGAUGGCGCGGGACGGCGGCACGCAUGUUCUACACUUAAAUUCGAAAAACAACGAGA